AUGAGCUCCUACUUUGUCAAUCCGCUGUACUCCAAGUACAAGGCGGCGGCGGCGGCGGCGGCGGCGGCAGCAGCAGCAGCGGCAGCGGCGGAGCACAUCAAUCCCCCGUACUACGACUGUCACUUCGCGCCCGAGGUGAGCGGCCGCCACGCCGCCGCCGCCGCCGCUGCCGCCGCCCUGCUCUACGGGAACGGCGCAGCCGCCGGCGGCUUUCCGCACCCUGCGCCCGGCGGGGCGGGGGGGGGCGGCGGCGCGGCCGCGGACUUUUACCACCCGGUCGGGGGGAGCCCCACGGCCGCCUACCAGCCGCCUCCUCCUCCCCCCGCCGCGCCUCCGCCUCCUGCCCCCUGCAGCGGGGUUACCUGUCACGGGGAGCCCGCUAAAUUUUACGGAUACGAUAACUUACAGAGACAGCAGACUUUUACGACACAGCAAGAGGCCGAGCUGGUACAAUAUCCUGACUGUAAAUCGUCCAGUGCUAAUAUUGGCGAGGAACCAGACCACUUAAAUCAGAGCUCGUCUCCUGCUCAAAUGUUUCCCUGGAUGAGACCACAAGCAGCACCGGGUAGGAGGAGAGGAAGACAAACAUACAGCCGAUUCCAGACUCUAGAGCUGGAAAAGGAGUUCCUCUUUAACCCCUAUCUGACCAGAAAGAGGAGGAUCGAGGUGUCCCACGCACUAGGACUCACCGAGAGGCAGGUAAAGAUCUGGUUUCAGAACAGGAGGAUGAAAUGGAAAAAAGAGAACAACAAGGACAAAUUCCCCGCUUCCAGACAGGAGGGAAAGGAAGGGGAGGCCAAAAAGGAAACACAUGAUCUGGAAGAAGACAGAGCUGAAGGCCAGACGAAUUCAGUUUUGGCCUAAA